AUGUCUAAUGGUAAUGAUAAGAUGAAGAAGGUUGCCAUGGGCUUGGCUGGGCUACUUAACUUAUUCCCAUAUCGUCUUGUCAUAAAUGCUUCCAGUUAUGCAAUAGUAAGGUUCCAACUCCCACCCAGUAAAGUUGGACUUUUCAUUAACAAAUUCAACAAUCCCUUGGAAAUUUCUGUCAUAUUCGGUACUCUGUCAAUUAAUAUAUUAUCAUGGUGUAAAGUAAAGAGUGAUAUUAUUAGGUAUAUUUCUAUAGCUAUCCAUUGGCUAUAUUUAAUUAUCCAUUUAAUAUUGUUAUUAAUUUACAGUAGUGGUGGUACUGAGGGUAACUUGACUGCAUAUUACUGGGCAAUAAUGGUGGCUGGUUAUUUAAGUGGAGCAUCUGACACGUGCGUGUUAAGUGUAAAUGGACAGGAUGUCGCCUACUUCACUACUGCUAUUCCUUUAUCUGGAAUGUUAAUGUCAGGAUACCAUUUGGUAUUUUUAAAGUGUGUUAAUGGGUCAACAACUUAUGAAACUAGUUAUAACAUUGUUUACUAUCAAAUAAUAAUAUCAAUUUUAAUAAUUUUUGUAGCAUCAAUUUUAUGGACGAUGUCAUUUUCUAGGAAUACAACUAGUUCAAGUACUGAAGGCUCAGACGGUGGUUCUACUAUAUCUGAAGUCAUAUCGCAGAUGGGUUUGACUGUGGUAGGUAUGGGUUUACUGCCGGUUAUUUAUCCGGGUAUUGCACCUUAUCAAUUAAUUUCUAUGGAAGAAGGACGUAUUAUUGAUGCGUAUUGUACAUUGAUAUCUAUAUUCCCAUCACUAACGUUUUCCAUAAUGUCCGCACUUAAAUUACAUGUAUCUACAGAUAAAAAAUGGGAAGGUGACUUGAAAUUUUGGCACUUUACGUGGAUAUUGGUAAUUAUAUAUUUGGUAUUGGCAAUAAUAUUUUUUUAUGUAUUAUAUUAUCCUGGUAGUGCAUUAUCAAAGUAUAUCAUUGGUGAUAAUAUAGUAGUAGGAUGUUUAACAUUUAUGUUUUUAUUACUUCAUGAGACAAUAAUAGCCAUAGGAUUCAAUGGUGUAGGCCCUCAUGGCCCAUUUUAUAACAGCUUAAACAUGCUAUUAGGUCUUGGUACCAUGACAGCUUUAGGGUUUAUAGGGGAUGGGCAUUUGACCACGUACCGUAUGUAUUCUAGGAAAAAUUGGCCAACUGAAGGAUUUACUAAUUUCCAGGCAUUUAAAUUUUGGUGCAGAGGUACAAUGUCCAACACAUGGUACAAUAUAAAAACAUCAUUUAAUAUUGAUAUCAGAGGAGUAUUUAGCAAUAUGAAGUAA